AUGGCAUCUUACAUACAAGGACUCGACAUGGAAAGGUUUGCGACCACAAUCGAUCGAAAUUUCAUUUGUUCAAUCUGCUCUAACGUUCUUGAAGACCCUGUUCUGUGUCAGAAUAAUCACCACUGUUUUUGUCGUGGUUGUAUUACGAAAUACCUUGAGAAUUCUCAAAGAUGCCCUACGUGUUCAGACGAACUGACCGUAGAGACUUUGGCCGAACCGCAAAGAAUGGUAAAACGGAUGUUAAAUGAACUAAAUAUUCGUUGCGUUUACGUCGACAGAGGUUGUCAAGAGAUCCUACAAUUGCAACAUCUAGUCAGCCACGAAGCUACUUGCGGAUUUACACCAGCCAUAUGUACAAACCAAGUCUGUGGUGCGACUUUAAACCAGCGUGAUCUUUUCCACCAUGAAAGCGAGGUUUGUGAAUUUCGAAAACUGAAGAUCCACUCGUGCGGAGAAAUGACAAAAACUUUAACAGACAUGGAGGAAAAAAUCGCGAAUCUCGAAAAGAAUAUGGCGACAAACGUGGUUACCAUGGAAACCAACAUGAAGAAUAUAGAGAAGAGUAUGGCGACAAAUGCUGCGAGUGCGGAGAGAAACGCUGCAGAUAUGGAAGAAAAACUCGAAGCAGUCAACAAUGAAGUAACAGGAUUCCAGGAAGCUCUGAUUGACGCCUUUAUUGAAAUGAAGGAUGUUCUUAUCAAGAUGGAUGAUAAGAUAAAAGAAAACACAAGGAAAGUGAGAAAUACACCAAGUGGUGACAGGGAGAAUAUAAUUGUUGCUGGAGGAUGGGGGACUGGCUCUGUAGAGAUGUUUGACUGGCAUCAAAGAACAUGGUCGCCAUUACAAUCCCUGCCAAAUAAGCGUCAUGGAGCAACUUCAUUUCUUUACCACAAUCACGUGACAAUUGCUGGAGGUUAUUGCUCUCACCCUGUCGAUGGUAUGAUUAGAAUGAAUGUCCAUCCAAACCCUGAUCUUGCAAUGCACUGGAGUAACUGUCCUGUUGAACUGCCUCCUGAGUUGGCAGGCCACAGCAGUGUGCUGUAUAAUGAUCACUUGAUCGUUUCUGGUGGUCAAAAUGGAAAUGCAGCAUCUGACUGUAUUCACGAAGUCCAGCUUGUGCCGCCAUGUACGGUUAAGACCUUAUCAAGAAUGCCAGAACCAAGACAGUUUCACUCCAUGGAAAGAUUUGACGACAGUUUGUUGAUCGUUGGGGGCACAACAACUUCCAGAUACCAAGACAGCGUCAGCAGUGUCGUACUGUACGAUAUAAAGAAGAACGAAUGUAAACAGUUGUCACCACUGCCGUAUGAAGUGAGUGAAAUGGCAACUGUGAGAUGGGGAAACAACAUCGUUGUCAUCGGUGGCCGUGACAAACAAGGAAACGCAUUAGAUACAGUUAUCAUGUACAAUGUCAAGUCAGGACAACACCACGUGGUGCCCGAGAUGAGAUGUAAGAGGUUCGGCUGUACUGCAGUUGUUAUUGGAAACAUUAUUGCCAUUAUUCCUAUUUGAUAUGCUUGAACCGGGCAAGCAGUAAUUAUAAGCGUACCAAUUUCUAUCUGGCUCGAUCCAAACAAUGCGAAUAUACACGGUAAUACAUUACCGCAUCUUUUGUCAUGCAUUCGCCAAGCCAGCUACGUACACCAGACACUGAUGAUUCUAAUUUGGCGCGUUUGUUGCAAAACAGUAUAAUUUGUAGUUUCCUUGUAAAGUGAUGACAGCGUAAACAAACCAUAUUGUACGUUAAUAACUUAAAUACAUGUCUUAAUAUUUAACAGUUACACCAAGCGAUGUAUUGCAUUACAAAGUUUCUUCUCCUCUUAUUAAUAGCCUAUAAUUGGUGUCUGUCAAACCUAAUUAACAACUUCUAUGGCAACAGACACUUCACCCUUAAUUUUCUCGCACCUAGUGCGGUUCCUCAUGUUCCUGAGAGAGUGGGUUUGGGGUAGGGGCUCUUAAUAUAACUUGAUAUUUUUAAGCAAAAAAUUUUGCAAUUAAUCCGCCCAAAACAAAACAAACGCCUCUGCGGAGGAGAGUGCUAGGAAAUAGUCGAAAGGAAAGGCUAGCAUUUUAUCGGAUUGUUUGCAUGAAAUCUAUCGCUGUUGUGAAAUACUCGGUGAAGAACAAUAUGUUAGAGUUAUAAACCGAGUAGGAGAUUUAUAACUGAUAUAUUGCUCCCGAGGACGCGUAGCUUCCGAGGGCAAUAUAUUAGUUAUAAACCGACUUUCGAGGUUUAUAACUAACUUAUAUGACACUUGUGGAUGUUUUCUAACAUAUUUUGUCAUUUUCAAAAAUUUUUAAUGAAAAAUUCUCGCGUUUUGUCCACAAGUUUAAUCCAAUUAUUUAUUCAAGGUCUAUAAGCUAGUUAUAAACCUUGGACGAUCAAAGAAAACCGACACAAGUGUGAUAUAAGAAUAAUUACACACAAGAUGGCUGUGGACGAGGCUAUGGAAGGGCAUAAUCUCAUUAUCAAGUAAAUCAACUGCAAUUCUGACAGCAAUCAUGAGCAAUUCUGCUUCGCACUUCGGGGGCAGAAAUGGCUUUACUGGGGGAGGGGCAAAUUCUUUCCCUGGGGGGGGCAAUUGCCCCCCCCCAGAUAUAUCGUUAAAAAAGGCACUGGGCUAUACAUUAUUUAUUUCGCAUGUGUUGCUUGCAGGAAACCAUUAAUUUGCUUCUGCAUAAUUUUUUCAUGUAUAUCAUUAGUAAGUAAUAGUAUGGUUUAUCGUCCAAUUUGCAGAACCAAACACUAGUAUACGUGAGUUUCUGGAAGAUUUCAAAUUGCAUUCCUCCUUCAGACUCGUUCAAUUUUGAUCGUCUUUUAAAAACUAUAACUCGCGCAUGCUUUUCCAAAUGGCACUCAUAACCAUAUUACGACUAGCUAUAGAAAUUGAUCAAAUAAACACGUAAGUUACUUUGGCAACGGCAUCGGUUUGUAUUUGUAUAUUGUCUGCACGAGGACUAAAGCCUAGUUCUCAUUCAUCGCAAGCCGUCGGCGAUGGGAACUUUGCGACUUCGGCGACCGCUUGCGAUUUAUGAGAACACAUCAAAAACUAUAUCACCGAUUGUCCGUGAUCGUCGCCGACCGUCGGGGAUGACAUCGAUCGCAGGAAACAAAAAAGAUUGUUUCUUGCCACCAUCGCCGAUCAUCGCCGACUGCCACCUGCUUGAAAAAUCUAUGAGAAAUGAGUAAAAGUUGUUUUUUCCUCAACAAGCAAGGAAAUAAUCAACUGAAGUUUGACAGAAACUCAUGAACUUUACGUUGAACGGGGCCAUUUUGUGCCUUGUUGGGAAAUUUCGAAACACAUCGGCUGUCAUCUGCGACGAUCACAGAUGUAUGGGAACUUUCGUGCAUUCACGAUCGGCGAGCAUCGGCGAUAAGCGUCGCCGAUCGUCGGUGAAAGUUUGCAAUGAAUGAGAACUAGGCUUUAGAAGCGUUUUGUCAAUUAUUAUAAUAGAUAUACUCGAUUCUGUUUAAUUUGUAGUAUUUUGAUCUGUUGCAAAUUUAUCCAUACAUAUUAUAGAUAUAACUAUAUAAUAUAACACAUUGAAAUAAUUUAAAAGUCUAUAAAUGCACCAAGAAUUGAUGAGUACGUGAAGCACUUUGAACUGUUAUAAUUUGUCUGACUACUGUGGUAUUCUUAUCUAUUCCUUAGGAUCAAGUUUUGGAGUGACGUUGUCAAACAAUGCUAGUGAUGUAUAAUAAUACAAAUCCAACAGAGACGAGUACAUGGACGGACAGUAAUCGGAUGAAAUUGAAUGCAUUUCUGGACGAGCUUGGAUUAGCACAAAAAAUUAUAUUAAUUAUUUUCGCCAUUUGUACAAUUGUUGGCAACACUUUGGUUUUGGUGGCGACCUGGAGAGAAAGAAGUCUACAUCAACCAAAUAAAUAUUUUGUUGUUUGUCUGGCUACCGCUGAUCUUUUGGUUGGUGUAACUUUAGUACCACUGAGGGUGUAUCGACACAGUCUGGAUGUUGAAUCCCAACGUACCAUGUCCAUUCACCUAUGUCGUUUUAUGGUGUGGAUAGAUACCUUCGCGUUAGCAGCAUCUAUUUAUACACUGACAUUCAUCAGUUUUGACCGAUAUCUCAAGAUCACGAAGCCACUUCAAUAUAUAGUCAGAAUGACAACUUCCAAAUCAUUGAAAAUUAUCUUUUUCAUUUGGUUGUGUUCAACUGCCUUUGCCACCUACGCCGCCACUCCUCAUUCAGGAAGCCAGGGAAUCUUGGAGACAAGCGGCAAUUAUUGCCACGUUGACACUGAUAAAGCAACACUUCAUUAA